CUUAUUCGAACCACGUCAUCAUGGUGGGAGUCCAAGGGUUCAAGCGGUGGGCAUUUGGGUCGGCAGCUGCAGCCGUGUCCCAGCGCCAACUGCGCUCCCAGCGACGAUCUCUGCACUCUAUCGAUGCACCAGACUCUCCAGUAGCCCCGAAACCAAAGAAGUCGCGCGUGUCGAGCAAGUCGGCAGCCUCAAGUGAUGACACGACGCACUGUCCAAAGCGCAAGCCAUCCCCCAUCGGCUUCAUUGCCACGACACCAGUUUCCGGCGAUCGAGUGGUGUACGCUUUUCCUGCGCUCGUGUCGGGCAAGUUGGUCAAGCGCUACAAGCGAUUCUUAGCCGACGUGCAGUUGGACGACGACGACACCGUCGUGACGGUGCAUUGCCCCAACACCGGUCCCAUGGUCGGCCUCUUGGACAUUCCGUUGGCGCCCGUCCGACUCUCGGUGAGCCACAACGCGAAACGAAAGUAUGCCCAUACGUUGGAGUUUAUUCAAGUCAAAAACCAGGCCGACGCGAUGGUGUGGGUAGGCGUGCAUUCUGCGUCUGCCAAUCGCAUGGUCGAAACUGCCUUGCGCAACGGAUGGCUCCCCCAAGUCGUCGGCCAUCGGCGCAUCACGUCCAUCCAACCCGAAGUCAAGCACACCAAGGACAGCCGCGUCGACUUUGUCGUGACCACCGACGAUCAAGUCGACACAUAUGUUGAAGUCAAGAGCGUCACCCUGUCCAAAGAAGAAGAACAAGCUGGAGGACGCGAUGCUUUGUCAUCUCGACGCCGCUGCGCCGUCUUCCCAGACACCGUGUCCACCCGAGCAUCCAAGCACAUUGAGGAGCUGGCCCAUGUACGCAGCAAAGGCCAUCGCGCUGCCGUGGUGUUCCUCGUCCAGCGAAGUGACUGCGCGACGUUUGCGCCGAGCUCGCUCCAUGAUCCAGCGUUUGCUGCCCACUGCGACAAGGCCAAGGCGGCCGGCGUGACUUUUCACGGAUAUGCGUGUGCGUUCAACGACGACGCCUCCCAUGUGACGCUGCUUGGGCCGUUGGCUCCUCACACGACGGAUCUGUUGCACUCUGUCGCAUAAACCAUAAAUGCGCAACAUGAUUGGACGAAUAGAACACUACAACGAGAAGUGAGGGUGGAAUUUUAGUUAGUCGACCACGUCAUCGGAGUACUACUAGUAGUUGUGCUACUAAUACUACUAGCAGUCGGAGGACGUUCGUGCUGUCGACGGAUCGACGCGGCGGCGUCCACGACGUGGACAUACUGGAAAUACUCGGCCAGCCGUUGCUUCAGUCGAGUGGCGUUGUGUUGUAGUGGCGCCACGUCAUCACCACCAACGGCGUCGCAUGCGCCGAGCAACUUGUCGAGCAGCUCGUACGGCAUCCAGUGCUUUGGCGACGUGUCGGCGGCAGCUGCCUGGUGAAAUGCCGUCUGCGACAAGUCUUUGGGAACCAAAUGAUCGAUCGCCAGCGCCACCGCUUCGUCGAGCACCCCGUGGUCCAGAUACAGUCGCAGCAGCGCGACGGCGGUCAGCAGUCCUGCGGCCACCGCGGCGUCCGUGAGCCACGUCGGAAGCGGCGCAUGCGACUGCAGGAGCGUGUCCACCGCCGCCAGGUAUGCGUCCGGGCUGUGGGUGUGCCGGAGCAGCGCUUGGAGGAGCGAUUCCGUCCCGCUAGAGUAGGCAAAAUCGCGGGCGACGGCGCGCACCACCACUUUGACGUCCAUGUCAAUGGCUCGGGCAAUCGCGACCGCCAGCGCCACGUUUGUGGCCAUCGUGCCGUCCGGCGUCAGAUGUUUCAGCAGCAGCGACACCACUUCGCUGCCGCUUUGGCCAGCCAGCGCCGCCGCGCUCGACCCGACAAGCUUCAAUUUGCCUCGCACAAUCAGCAGCUCCCGACGCAAGUCGGAGGCCGUGAUGACGCGGAGGGGGUCCGUCGUUCGGUUGGUGGUCUUUGGUUCUUGGUGGAUAAACCACCGAUUUUGGGGUGCCGGCACCAGCGCGAGCACGUUCGUCGCGGCUAGCAGCGCGUCCCGUUGUACCCGCAGCACGUCCACAUGGAAUGCAUCGGGCUCGAGCCGCACAAACAAAGCGUGCAUGGCCUGCGCGGCAGCGGCAAAUCGCGCGCGCUUGACCAGGAAGCUGUACAGCAGCCGCAGCACGGACACGGCGCUCUGCGAUGCGCGCUUGAUUGUCAGGUUGGCGUGGGUGUUGGCGGCCUGCCACUGCAGCACGUCCUCCACUUUGGCGUCGAGCGCGCCCCACGUGAACCCGACGACCACAUCGACCCGCCCCGCGUCGCACAGCUGCAGCACGAAAUGGCGCACACAUUCGUCCACCGUCGCCGAGUUGGCGCGUGCAACGACGUGGUGCAGGGCCACAUGCGCCUCGUCGUACAGUCGCUCAGUCAGCGCCAGCUUGAACACGUUGUACCAGAUAAACUCGGUCGCGCCAGUCACAUCGUCACUACAGUGAAAGACCAGCGACGCGUGCAAGAGCUGCAAAAUGAACUUGGCGGCAUACGGGCGCGGCGCCGUCUCCUUGAGAUGGCCCGUGAUCUCGUACAGUUGAGAAGUGGAGGCGGCAGUGGUCGUCGAGCGGUGUUCCAACUCGAGCACGGUGAUGUAGCUGCGCACAGCCCGCUCCAAAAUGUGCGUGACAUGGCGGCGUUCGUGGUUGAGUUCGUAUCCAACGACCGCUUCCGCCACCAACGCAUCCCCGAGCAGUCUGGUCAGGUACAUGGUCACAGCGCCGUCGUCGUCAGGGUCAGUGGGGUGCUGCAGGGCGUAGCGCACGACGACGCGAACCACGUCGUGCUGGCGCGUCGCGUGGACAAACGAUGCGAGCGCCGGCAGGUCGUGCACCUUGUGGAGCAAACCCAGCACCGCCGUCGCCAGAUUGCGUUGGACAUCAUUGUCGUCAUCAUGACGUGCAAACGCUUGCACGAGCAUGACCUGAGUGUCGGGUGAUGACGGCUGAUCAAACAACCACUGGUAGAACACCCACUUGCGCAACAAAGCGAAGCCGCGGGGAAGUAGCGCCGUCGAGAUGUGUUGGAGCGUAGCAGGCGCGACGAAUGACGGCUGCGCGUCAUCCAAAAACGCGAGAAAGCCCAGCGCCGCGUACGUGGCCGCGAGCAUGUCGUGGACGACGACAGCCCCCAUGCGAUGCAGCGCGAGGCUGAGGUCCGUGGACGACGGAGGGGCGGCGGUUGCACUUGGGGAUGCCGACGACGACGACGCGUCCAAGAGCGUCAGGUUGUCCACCAAUGCCGUCAAGACGGCGGAUUGGGCGGUGGCAUCCCCCGCCAAGAUAGGCGCCACACGGGCCAACAGCGUCGGCAGCGACUUGCCUUGGUGUUGGUUGGUGUGGACAAGGCCGCGCUGUAGUUCGCGGCGGAGUGUGUCGAGCAGCGACGGGCUGGUCAGGUCCACAUGAAGGUCGACAUUCCACUCGCAAAGCACCGCCGCCCUGACGUCGCGGUGGGAGAACGACGCAAAGAACGGCGUGAUGAGGGCCGAGAGCUCGUCGUCGUGAUGCACCGAGGAUGAUCCAGUCGUCGCGACGAUCGCGCGGGUGGACGGAAACAAAAUGGACGUGUGGUUGCGGCGCAGGAGGACGAGCGAGCCUUGGAUCGAGGCCACGCCCAGCGGAAUGUUCUCAACCGCCCAAAGCUACGGACAAACACAUCAAUGGAUUUGGACUUGGCUGCUCAGAGUACUAACCUUGGUGCAUUUCUGCAGCAGUUGCACCCACAUUGCCACGCGAACGGUGUUGGCGUCAGUCUGUUUCUCGCGCCGAGCCUUGUCUGGGCAUUCGCGGUGCACGGCCUCAAGGGCCAGACGGCGGAGAGCCGCGCCCGACACGGCCGUCGACGCCGCGGAUAGGGCGUGGCGUAUGCAUUCGGCACUGAAUCGGUUCGGGGCAAACAGUCGGUCGAGGUAGUAGCUCUAGUAGUAGUCGUAGAAAGAGAUGAUACUAUGAAUGAUGGGGAGAUACUAAACUACUAUUGUCGAUUUGAUAUACAGAUUUGGGGUGCAAUUGAAUCGUGCAAACCGAUCCACAAUCGAUCUG